GAGUUUGGGCGCUUUGCAGAAGUUGCGUGCGGCUGCAAGUCGCCGGGGAAUCGCGCUGAAGUUCGGCGGAACGUGUUCCAUGCAACCGACCGCAUCGACUGGAAGGAGUUCGUUGAGCAGCGUUUGCACAAUGAUCUCUCGGCAGUGGAGUCGAUCGCCAGGAUGGAGUGCCCAGUAACCCUGCCGGACAAGACAAUGCUGGACGCGCAUGUGCCAGAAUCGGCGCCGAAAAGGAUCGUUUUUGCUGGCAAGGUGCUUCGCCAGCAUCUCUCCAUGACAGAGACGCAAACGUGCCGGGGGUGCAUAAAGCGCUCACGCUGUCGGUUCUUCAAGAUGCCGCCAGAGGCAGGUAUGACCACUGGAGUCAAGCACAUUGGCCGAGUGCUGUUCGGUAUGUCGCAGUAUGCAAGGGCACAUGUGCAACAUCCUGAACAUUACCCUUGGUAUUUCACAUCGGGCAACUUGGCAAGCGCAACCGUGCUUCUCAACGCCCUUCAGGAGCACAUCGCUGCGGCAGAUGGCCCAGGUUUGGUGUGGAAUGAUGUGGAGUUGGCAGAUGAAGGCACAGCGCGCGAAGUGCUACUGAGGGAGGCCAAGCGCAAAGAGGAGCGGCGCCGUACCGCUGCUGAAGAGAGGUUCCUGUCCAUGCCGCAGUGGAUGAGAGAGACAUUGCAGCCCAUACCAAGCCGUGGCAUGACAGCCAGACAACGCGAGUUAUUAGCGCAGAGUGGUGCCGAUGUGGGCGAUGCCAAUGUUGAAGAAGCCGCUGCACUGGUGUCUUCCAGCGAGGAGAAGGACUGGGUGGAGGAAGGUGCCGUUCCAGGUCAGCCGACAGGGCCCAUGAUGACGGACCCCUCCCCAGCGCCGUUGCCUGUGCAGGCUCCACUUGGCGGCGACAAUGAUCGCCCGCUGGUUGACAUCGGUGAUGCUCAGGAAUUGCCAGUGGUGCGAAGAUUCAAGCAUCUUCCUGGCCAGCCCUCUGAAGCUCGAGUGCGCCAGUUCAACUCCAUGACUGGACUUGAGACCAGUGGGAUCUUCCGUCGACUGGGUGAGUUGCAAGGCCACCGCAUAGACCUGGACGAGGUGGAGCUGGGACCGGAGGAGCUGGGCCGCUGGGAGGAGAUCAAGCCUGAAGGCAGCAAUAAGCUUGAUGCUGUUGGGCUGAAGCUGAAGGGUGGCUACACAAUCUCUGACUUGGUGGGGCAAGGCUCGUUUGAGGAUGCCAAGCACCUGCUGUCGAUGUCACCAGCUGGGCUUGAUGGCGUUCACCACUACAAUGUGAACAUCACGCCCAAGAUUGUGAGCCAGGAAGCGAUGGAAGAGGUAUGGAGCACAGGCGAUGCCAGAGGAGUCAAAGACGAGCUCCCGUUUCUGCGAAGGGUUCCCUUUGACACGCCUGUGCCGUACAAUUCUGGGGGCUCAGCUGCCCCUGAACGACUGCCGCGAGAGAAGCUGCUUGCUGAGUUGGAGCCAGAACUGCUGCCAGCAAGUCUUCGUCGGAGUGCGCCCGAAGGCCGCAUCAUCGAUCUUGAUGAACCAACAGAGGAUGAUGCGAGCAUCUUUGAGCUUGAUGCUCGGUUGGCAUCCAGUGCGCUGAGCUUGCAGCGGACGGCUUCGAUGAACAUCGUCGAGGCCAGCCAUCCGCUGCGAGGCGCUGAUACUCGAGAAGAACAGGACUCAACGACCAGUCCGCAAGAAAACGAAGAGACGCGAUUCCAAGCGUGGCAGCACCGCUCCAAGACUCGAGGUGUCGGGGUGUUUGACCCAACCGUGGACUUCAAAUACAUGAGUGACCCAAACAGGCUCGAACAAGUUGGCGAUUUAGAUGCUGAAACAAGUGGCAUUUAUUUCCGAAGCAGUCGACCGCUGCCGCAAGACGAGGACUUCGUCUCCACCUUCCGCCGGCCCCUUGACUUGUCCGAAACCAGCGAUGACCCACCAAUGGGACCCAAGACUGUGGCGGUGGAUGUGAAGGCCAGAUGGCAAUUGCAAAGCAUCCGAGGUGUCUAG